AUGAGGUUGCAAGAACUUCAAGAUGCUAUAAACAAACUUCCAUUGAGACAUCCAAUUGACGUCAAAUUGUAUUGGAGAGCAUCUGAGUUAGGUCAGAAGGUUUUAUAUGAAACAGGUUGCUUCGACGAUGUUUAUGAGAUAACAGGAGAAGUUUCUCAGAAGAUAAGAGACUCACUUGAAUUUCCACAAACUGGACCAAUUGGUUGCGACAAGUUCGACUCAAACGAAAAGAUAUACUAUGUCGACCUUAACGCUGCAUACAUGAGGUUUGUCCAAUAUAUUCCGACUGGAAUUCCAAACGAAGAUGGUGAGUUCCCGGGAAGGAACUAUACAGUUGUAAAAGUCAUACAACAACUGUAUGAUAUUAGGAAAGCUUCAAACCCCAAACUUGCAAUGACACUCAAAUUGCUUAUGAAUUCGACAUGGGGAUAUUCCAUUAAGAAACCUCAAGAGAUGAAGAGUAAACAUUAUGAGAAGGUCGACAACUUUGUUGAAAGGUUUUCUCCUUUUAUUUUGAAGUACGAAUUCACUCAAGGUCAAAGUGGCUUAGUAACCACAUUAAAACCCAUUGUCGAACAUUGGUCUUACCCUCAGUUCGCAAAAGCAGUCCAUGACAACUACAAUGAGUUCUUCUCGGAAGUCAAAUCGAAAGUCAAGGUUUACUAUGAGAACAUUGACACACUCAUGACGAACGAAGAAGGCUAUAACAAACUCAUUGAAAUGGGAAUGGUCGGUGAAAAGAUGGGUCAAUUCAAAUUGGACAAAAUUUUCACCGAAGUUCAUGUCCUCUCCAAGCGUAAGUACUGGGGUGUUAAAGAAGAUGGUGAAAUAGUUAAACAUUGCAUGAAAUAA